UUGGGCUCACUUGUGUAAUAUUCGGCACGCGUGAAAGUUGUGCGCUUCCCAGAAAUAAUUUCAGUGCUUCUUCAGAUUGGAGUCAGACUGUGCAGGAAAUAGUGUUCUUUGCUUAGUUCUUUGUUGCUGGAGUCAGUGUUUGAAGUUGUGGCGGUGUGAGUCUUCAAAGAAUUUUAUUUUAAUUCUUUCGCAUUGGAAAGCAACGCUGCCGUGACCCAAUUUAGUUAAGUAAAAUUCGUUACUUUCGCUUAAAUUAUUGAAUUUAUUUAAAAAUCACAAAGAAAAAACUCAUUUGUGUGCUGUGUAAUUUGAAGUCGAGAAGUGCUAAUUUUCUAAGAAAAACGUCAGACGCUUUUACUUUUAAAGUCUACCGAAAAAUCAUAUAAAUUCAAAAAAAAAAAAAUGCUUCAAUUGGCUUUGUUUCUAUUAUUGACUGUGGUCGGCAGUAUUUUCGCAGAACAACCUUAUUACGUACAACAAUGUCCACGAGAGGAACCGGCAAUAAAUCAUUGUCUAUUAGAAAGUACGAACAAAUUAGUGGAGCUUCUAAGAGAAGGAGUACCUGAAUUGGACAUGACCGAGAUUGAACCAAUAGUAAUUGAUGAAAUUGGUAUUGUUUUGGGUAGCGGACCUGAUGGAUAUCGUGCUCUCUUCCGUAAUAUCCAAGCAUACGGUGUUAGCAACAUAACAGUUACAAAUUUCCGUACUGAUUUGGAAACAUUACAAUUCCAAAUAACAUGCGACAUACCACGUAUCAGGGUCAAGGCACAGUACCGUUCCACAGGUGUUUUAAUUUUGGUAAAAGCAUCAGGAGCUGGAGAUUAUUGGGGUGAAUAUGAGGAUGUAAAAGCAAAAAUUUACUUCAAAGCCAAUGCACAUGAAUCUGAAGAUGGUCACACAUAUUUGACAGCAGAACAGGUGAAAAUGGAUUUCAGUGUUAAGGACAUACAAAUGGGCGUUGAAAAUAUUGCAAAUGGCAAUUCUGUCAUACAAGCUGCUUUGAAUCUUUUCAUUAAUUCAAAUGCCCAAGAGCUGCUCAAAGAAAUGAAACCAGCACUCAGAACCAAAUUGUCUAUGGUCCUACAUAAUUUUCUAGACCGACUCUUCGUUAAAAUUCCUCUCGAUGAAUGGCUUAAUCUUAAUUAAAAAAACUGUAGCAUUUAAGUGAACAACUCUCAGAACUUAAUAGUCUAAGCAACUUUUAAUUAUAACAUAUUUAUUAAUAUUAUUUAUUACAUAUAUAAUACAUAUCGAAAAAAAACAAAAUAUUUGUGAAUUUUCAAAGAAAUGUAGUUGAAUGCUUUCCACGUAGUAAUUAUAUGAUAUAGUUCCCAACUAUAGAACACAAAAUCAGAAUUGAAUAUAAUUAAAAAUAAUAACCCAUAAUAA